AUGCAAAAUUUUUAAAAUGAGCAUUCAUACAAAAGAUUUAUAUUAGAUUUUUUAUCAGGAGGAGUCGCAGGGGCAAUAUCAAAAACAGUAGCUGCUCCAAUUGAGAGAGUAAAAUUGCUAAUGCAAACCGGAACAGAAAAUUUGAAAUUGACUCGCCCAUAUAAAAGCAUAGCAGAAUGUUUUACUAGAUGUAUAAAAGAAGAAGGAGUACUAUCAUUAUGGAGAGGUAAUAGUGUAAAUGUAAUAAGAUAUUUCCCAACACAGGCAUUAAAUUUUUCAUUUAAAGAAAAAUUUAAUUCCAUAUUUAAUCCUUUUGAUCCAAAAAAAUAAAAAAGUCUAUUUUUUUGGGGUUCAAUAUUAUCUGGAGGGUUAGCUGGUUGUGCAACCAUAUGCUUUGUCUACCCUUUAGACUUUACAAGAACUAGAUUAAGUGUAGACCUUGGGAGGUAAAAAAGUGAUCGUUAGUUUACAGGAAUAAUUGAUUGUAUGAAAAAAGUUUACAAAACAGAUGGCAUAAGAGGAACUUAUUAAGGAUUCGGAAUGUGCCUUUUCGGUAUUUUUGUUUAUAGAGGACUUUAUUUUGGAACAUAUGAUUCUGGUAAAUAAAUGCUUCUUCCUUUAGAUAAGAAAGAUAAUUUAAUAUGGAAGUUCUUUUUUGCACAGUCAGUUGUUAUUUUUAGUGAAACUGUUUCGUAUCCAACUGAUACAGUCAAAAGAAAAAUGAUGAUGUAAAGUGCAAGAGGAGGAUAAGUAUUAUAUAAAAACUCGAUCGACUGCUGUAUUUAAAUGUAUUAAAAAUUCGGAGUUAAAUCUUUUUACAUUGGAAACAUGUCUAAUAUUAUUAGAAGUUUUGGAUCAUCAUUGUGCUUAGUUCUUUAUGAUGAAAUUAGAGAAUAUUCACUUAAGUAUUGAUUUCUUUUUUUAUUUUUUUUUGGGAUUUGCUAGUAUUUUA